AAUAAAAUAGUCAACGAGACAGUGCAUUCAAGGCUGACGUUGAGAUGGAUUUUCUGGGGAUUAGAGGAACAAAAGGUUUUUGUGUUCCAGAUUAUUUCAACUUUGCUGACGUUAUAGACGAGUGGGCACAAAAAGAAAAGGAGGGCAAAAAACAAAGUGAUCAUCCAGCUCUGUGGUGGAUUGAUGGUGCUGGUAACGAGGUUAAGUGGACUUUUGGAGAUGUUGCUGUGAACUCUAAAAAAGCUGCUAAUCUUCUGUCUAAUGAGGCUGACGUCAAACCAGGAGAUCGUGUGAUGGUGAUAUUACCAGCAAUUCCAGAAUAUUGGCUGAUACAGGCGGCCUGUUUGAGAACAGGUAGUGUAUUCUUAAUAAUGCCAACAAAUGUUGGUCCAAAAGAGCUUCACCGAAGAAUGUUAAAAUCAAAACCAGUGUGUGUGGUGGCAGCUCCUUGUGAUCAGGUCAAUAACGAACUACUGGAUGUGGUAGAUGAGGUUUUUUGCUCUGCGGAAGUCGAUAUACGAAGCAGGAUUUUGGUCAACAGAAUGAAAUAUGAAGAAAGGCGAAGAGAUUGGCUCUUAUUUGAAGAUCUCUUUCAAAAAGCAAGUGCUGAUUAUCACUCCGUGAAGUCUCAAAGCUCAGAUCCUGUAAUUAUAUACCACACAAGCGGAACAACGGGGAAUUCUAAGAUGGUAGAACAUUCACAAGCCAGCACAGGCCUGUGUAGUGGUGGAAUGAGGAGGUCUCAUUUCGUGGAAUCUGACUUGAUUUGGAUUGCUUCCCCCACGGGUUGGCCAGUUCUCUCCGUCGUCAGUUUCUUCUCGACCUGGUCUGUUGGCGCUGGCACGUUUGUACAUUAUGUUGCAUUUGUGACCGCCCGUGAAGCUUUGGAGACCCUUCAAAAGCAUCCGAUUACUGACGCACAAUUUAGCCAUUCACUUUACUUGAAAGCCUUAGACGACGAGGAUCUCAAGAGCCUUAGCUUCGCGAAAUUAAAACGCUUUUUUGUGGCUGGAGAGCCAGCGAGCAAGCAUAUGAUUCGCAGAUGGAAAGAGGAAACAGGGAUAGAACUCUGGAAUUACUAUGGUCAAACGGAAACCGUACGAUCCGCGCUCCGAUGCUCUACCACUGAACCACAGAGACUCCAUGGUGAACGAGGUCUAUUACAAAGUUCAUAUGACACGCGUCCUGCAUACUGCUGGGAUCAGCAGAAUUUCUUAUUCUUAGCGCUGGAAUAUAUUUUAGUAUCAACAAUUAUUGUAACUAGUGAACUGUAUUUCUUUAUGCAGGAUAUCUUGACUUUUCCAAGAGAACCUGGGGAUGAUUCCCGUCCCGAUUCAGUCGGGAAACUUCUUACCGGAAUCGAUAUGCUGAUUGUCGAUGAGAAAUAUAAUGAAGUAACCCCAGGUACACAGGGAAGAGUUGUUGUUCGUGUGAAGCCUUAUUGUCCCGUGGGAAUGUUCACUCGUUAUGUGGACGAUCCAGAGAAAACUGAGUCAUGUUUUUGCGGAGAUUUCUUUAUCACUGGUGAUUUGGGUCGAAUGGACGAAGACAGUUAUUUCUGGAUCGUUGGAAGAACUGACGACGUUUUAAUCAUCGACGGAUGUAACAUAAUCCCUGGCGACGUAGAAAACUGUCUUAAAGAACAUCCAGCUGUAUUGAACUGCGUUGUGGUCAGCGUUUCUUAUCUCAAUAGACAGAUCAUGAAAGCUUUCAUUGUGUUAUCUAGUGGCUUCAAAAAUGAAAAUCAAGACCAUUUGAUCAAAACGCUACAAGAUCAUGUGACAUACAAUAGUGCAUCCUGGAUGUCUCCAGAGAAGAUGGAAUUCAUCGAUGAUCUUCCAAAGACUGGAACGGGCAAGGUUGACAGACGAAAACUACAAUGUGCUGAUUUGUGAAAAACCAUCCAAGGAAAAAUUGCCGCAGCUUUAAGUGAGAUUGCAGCUUAGGACUGUGACAUUGCAACAAGAGAAACGUUUCUGUAGCAAAUAGAAUUUGCAUUUCUGUUUAUCUUUAAGUAACUGCGAAAUUGUUUUACAUUUUUUUUUCUUUCAAUCGAACUACUACUGUGAUGUUUUGUCUCUAUUCAAUUAAGUUCGCGUUUUUGCAUGAGGUUGUGUAAGAAUUACGUAACACUGGUAGUCUUUUCUUUCUCGCCAGUAUAAGCGUUGUUUUCGUUAAAUAAUUUCCAUUGCCAGUUGAUUUCAGUCGUUUCGUUAUGGUUUUUGCCAGCGCCAUGUUACUUUUGUUUAAGAUUUUUACUACCGGACCUGGUUACGCCACAAAUUGUAAGUUCGUUUCUAUUUCGUAGCUUUGUCGUUAUUUUUGUUGUUGUUAUAUUUGUACUUAGAUAUUUGUAUUAAUUAUUUAUUUUCAGUCGAAUCACAUUUGCACAUCUACACAUCUUUACAUCUAAAUAUUUGUCUAUCUGAGGUUAGAUUAAACUUGCAUUCGUGUUGUGGCGUAAAACAUGUAGUAUUUAGCUACAGUUUCCAUCAAUGCAUUCUUUACAUUCUAGUAUAGCAUAUAUAAUAUUCUAAGGAGGCAGUGCAGCCGAGUAUUUAGGAAGAUGUGACAUAUGACUUCUUGUUUACGAAUAAAUGAUAAAUUUUCUUUCAGUUUUUCUUCGCCGAGGAAAGUUCUUAUUUUAUGACAUGCAUAACUAUAGAACAUGAUCUAUUGAUGGUUUUAAAGCGAAACUGUGGUUGGCUGGUAACGAUCGAUAUGAGUGUGUUUUUUGUACGCUCCUUCGAUAAAAGAAAGAGUGAUUCCUAAGUAUGACCCAUGUAAUGAAGUAAUAAAGCUUAGAAGUGCAGUUUCCUAUGUUCUCUUUUAUCCUCGCAGGUCCGAACGGUGAAGUCAAGUACUUGUACUUUAAAAAAAACCUGUUUUGUGAGAUUUUCGUUUUUAUUUUACAGAUGUUUUUAACUUUUACUUUAGGGGAUCUUUCAGUUUCAUGGGCAGCAAAACAUUAUAUGAAGUGAUCAUGAGCCAAAACUAUCUUUUCACUUAACGUUGUGUAUAAUGCACCAAGCGAAGUUUAUAAUGAUGACAAUCUCUAUGUCCUUUCUUCCCUUGCUCAAAGAUAUUCGGUUUGGAUCCAGUUAAUAUAUUUGUAGCCAUGAUUGGGUUCCAUUUUUCUAGAC